UGACAAUGUGAAUGUUUCAAAUAAUUGGCCUGAGUUUGAUUCGAGGUUAUAAGCUAAAUUUCCAGCGCACGAGGUGCUCGAUAUAAAGAAGCUUGUUCUCCUCGACGUACCUAAAGCACAUUAUGGCGCAACAGUACAGCUAUGGUUACGGCUAUGGCUACGGUUAUGGUACCCCCAACCCCUAUAUGGCUGCUCAGAUGCCGGUAGCAACCCCCCAGAUGCCGGUAGCAACCCCUCAGAUGCCGGUAGCAGCUGUCGUGACUCAAGCUCCCACUCCUGCUGUGGGGUAUUCCCCUUAUCAGACCCAAGUGGUUCCGGCCGCCAGUAGACCGCCUCUUCCAGCUGCUCCUACCCCAGCAGCCACUCCCUACUAUCAAGCAGCAGCAGCCGUCGCCGCUAACAAUACCCAACAAGCAGCUGCAUAUGCAGCGAGUUACUAUGGCUACCAACAACAGGCCAACCCGUAUGGCUCGUACUAUGCUGCACAACAGCAGUCCACACUGCCACGCCCUCCCGCCCCCACGAGCUACACUGCUCCCACCUACACACCCAGCACAAGCUACACUCCUACCGUCUCCACACCCGUUACGAGCUAUGCUCCCCCCACCUACACGAGCUACACUUCUCCUGCCCCCACACCCAGCACAAGUUACACUCGUCCUUCCUACACACCCAGUACGAGCUAUACUCGCCCUCCCUACACACCCAGCACAAGCUACACUCCCGCCCCCACACCCAACACAAGUUACACUGCCCCCACACCCAGCACGAGUUACACUCGUCCCGCCCCCACACCUAGCACGAGUUACACUCGUCCCCCCUACACACCCAACACGAGUUACACUCGUCCACCCUACACGCCCAGCACGAACUAUACUCGUCCCCCGUACACACCCAGCACAAACUACACUCCUCCACGGGCCACGAACUACACUCGUCCCUCCUACACACCCUCACCUAUCACACAACAGGCGUACACCCCCACCACUACCACCCCAUCUCUUGUCUCGUACCCGGCAUCAAUGAGGACAGCGUACAAGCCUGCGCAAACCUUUCAGAGCAACUUUGUCACUCCUGGUGGUGGGAAUUACUCUGGCCCCCAGAAGAGCUCCGAUAACCUCACCCCACAACAGACGAAUGUGGUGAAGCAAUACGUGGAUUCAAAAACAAAGCCGUCGAAAGGACCGGCCUGGUGGGACAAGAAACCGACUGGUACGGGUCAGGAACACUAUUGUGUCGUGUGCAAGAUUAGUACAGCAAGUGCACAGACACACAAAGCUCACUUGGAGGGGAAGCAUCACAAGAAAAAGCUCGCCCAGCAACUAGCUAUCAAAGAAAAGGACAAGACGUCGUGUCAAUUCUACUGUGAGCUCUGUGACAUCAUAUGCUCCAACAGUGACUCCCUAGAGGCGCACAACCGGGGCCUGAAACAUCAGAAGGUGAUCAAUCUUCAUCGCCGACUGGGCAAACCGAUACCAGCCUUGAAAAUAAUCGAUAAUGCUGCAGGGAAGAAAGUGCUGGCCGGAUCACACCAAGUAGCGUUUGUGGGGGGUAGGACUCUCCACUCAACGGGGGAAGUAAAUAAGCCGGCAGAGGUCAGUGUCUACCCACCAACACCACCUACACUGCCCAAGAAGACCCCUCUAGCCUCGGCCAAUACCAAUGGCAAUAAAAAACAACAAGAGGAUAACCAGGAUAGAGUCGUGGAACCUGUUGGAGAGCACCUGGUGAAGGCAGUCAAAGACGACCCAAAGUUUCCGCACGCUCAGUACAAGUGUGAUAUGUGUGAUUGCUACUUCAACGAUGAGUACGCCAAGAAGGCACACAUCAGCGGGCGGAGACAUAGGACCAACUACAAGAAGAUGUAUCAGCCAGACCUCUUUGUAGAGCCCACCAACACAGAGAAGAAGCAAAAGGAGAAACAACGUGAGAGGGAGCAGUUGAUGAGGCGUGGAAGGGGGCGUGGUGGUGGUGGUGUGGGGCGUGGCUGGAGUGAUGAAACAGACCCACCGCUAGAGCUGAAACAAGAGCCAUCCCGGGAGAGGGAGGAUGAGGGUGAUUGGGACGGAGGCUGGGACGCUACCAUGAACCCUGACCUUCAUCACGACCCCCACGAUGAUAUCCUAGUGAUGGACAGGCACAAGUUGGUCUACCCUUCACGAGCUGAGACGAAGGCUGUAGAGCGUGUGGUGGAGGAGGUAGAGAAAUCCCUCAAGACCAUUUCUGAUGAGUUGUUGGCAGAGAAGGCAGCUGUCGUCAAUGGCAGUGUCAAGGAUGAGACAUUUAGGGAACUGAAGGGUGUGAUGCGUGUAGGGGUGUUUGCUCACAACCUCCUGCUCAAGGGCGAGUGCUCGGCAGAGUUGGUGCUCAUGUGUGAUAAGAAACCCACCAUGACUCUAUUCAACCUCGUUAUCAACAGGCUGGCCAUCAAAUUCGAGUCUCUAUUGCGUAACUCUGAGAAUGAGAUCGUGUACAACACGACGCCACUCAGUGGCAAGAGCAUGGUCAACAUCAUCUGUCAGGUGGAGACUUUCCGUGUCAUAGUGAGUGUUGUGUUCUCUUCUCCUCUGAUGAGACAGGAACCAUCAGCACUGCAGUCACAAGCCGACCAGACUGAAGGAGUUCUCAACCGGCAGUAUUGUGUGGCCGCACUAGCUGCGCUGAGACACACGAAAUGGUUUAAGGCAAUGUCUCGAAACACACCCACUGCUGGAGUUGUGCUGAGAGUGAUGAAGGAUAUAUGCCGUCGAGUGCCUGCCUGGGGAGUGCUUGAAUCCUGGAUGUUAGAGCUGCUUGUUGAGAAGUGUGCUCUGUCCAGCCACCCUGCCUACACACAACCUGGAGACCUGUUCAGACGCAUCAUGGAAUGUGUUGCCUCGGGUAUAUUCCUGCCAGGUGGUCGAGGUCUGCUUGACCCUUGUGAGAAGGACAAGAUGGAUGCAGCUGCUUCUCUCUCAGCCUCAGACCGAUCGAACGUCACACUCAGUGCACAGCAUGCCCUGAGGCUGAUGGCCAUCAAGAAGCUCCACCUGGUGUUGGGAGUGGACCCAUUGCCAGGUGACCUCCCUGAGGAGACAAAACCUGCUGAGGGUACAGAGGUUAAAGGUGAUUCCGAGGGUACAGGGGUCAAACGACCGUCCAUCAGUGACGGUGAAGGAGGGGGUGCUGUCAAAAAGGCAAAGUUGGAGCAAUAAUGGAGAAUUAUUAACUAGACAAUUUUUCUGAAUUGAUUUUGUGUACACUUAUUAUUAUUCCUUGUUGUACAUGUACAUUUACAUUGAAUGAUUCCUUCCAAAAA